GUCUGCAAAGUACAAAGAAAGUUGGCUCUGAUAAUAUUAGGUCACACCCCUCCCAGUUUACGAGACAUAGCUGUUGUGAAAGAUCCGCAAGUCUCCUCUGUAAGCAGUUGAUCUAUAGACUGACAGUAAUAAGAACAUCUUCGACAGCAACAUGUACAGAAGCAACAUCCAGAAUUCGUGAAGAAUGUUCUGCUAGACAGCUAGAGAUCUGUAAGAUGGCAGUUCUGCAGCACGGGGAUGUCAACGAAGCAUCAUUAGCACAACUUAAUGUGAAGGAGUUAUGCAGCAACUUAAGAACGAACAUGAACUGUAUAUUCAACUACUCAAAGAUGUGCAUGGAACCAAGUGAAAGACAUCAAUUAAGUGAUCUGAUUAUCCAAACUAGGAAUAUUGUUCAUUAUAUUUGUAGAGGAGAAGACUCGGAUGAAUACUGGACGAGAGGGGAUUGUUACGGACAAAGACGUAUAAAGAAAUGUAGUGAAAAUUUCUCUAAGAAAGUGAUAGACAAAAAUAAGAACACGGAGACCACUUGUAGACAUUAUUGGAAUUUUGAGAACUGUAUAAGAAACAUUGUUAUAAAUAGUUGUAAACCUUCAGCUCACGUGUUUCUUACAUCCUACCUCAUUGAUGAAGCACAAAAGUUGUCUUGGACUUGUUCGGAUUACUACAAUAAAGCAAGGGUCUUACCUAAGAUGGAACGUUUAGCUGACCAAGGAGGCAGAGAAGAAGGUAUUCUGAGUGGUGCUGCUUGUAUAUUAAAGUUAAAAGGAGAGUUUGAGAAAUGCAAAGAAGGAUUCAGUAAAAAAAUAAAAACUGAUGAAACCUAUUCCUCAUCUGCAAAGAUCGAGAAUUGUUGUGCUUUUAUUAAUUAUGAGGAAUGUGUAAGCUCUCUAGCGAGAGAGAGAUGCGACAAAAGUGGACAGAAAGUCACCCAAGGCAUUAUUCAACACACAAAACUGCUCAUAGGAGACACUUGCGGAGACCUUCAAGAAAAACAAGUGUGUGUAGCACUUGCUAAUAUUAACAACUCUGAAAAGCUAAUCCCGAGUACAGUUCCAGUGAUUUCUUCAGUCACCAAGAAGUUCCGAAACUCCAUAAAAAGUACUCACAGACAUUCUACGGAAGUGGGUACCCCAAGAACUUUGUCUUUAAAAAAGCGUAAGUCAUGUUGACUUUUUAAGGCUUUGUGCCACAAGAGUAUACUGUACAUGUUUCCAGACUCACAGAAGUCAGUAGAAAUAUUUUUCUGAUAUGUCUCAAAUAAAUGUUAA